CGUGAGGAGGCUGAUGGAGAAAAAGCAUUUUGUUUAAUCGCUGGCAGUUUUGAAAUAAACCAAACCAUAAGGAAUCGGUUACACAAUGAGGCACUCUUGAAACAACAAGGAUAUUAAACUCGGAGUACACAGCCUGUCUCACUCCGUCCUGAACUCCAUCACAUUGAUUCAAGCUGGUUUUGGCCCCUGGAGGUGGAGCUGAGCUGAAGUAAGAUGGCCUCGGACAGAAUGGCGUCUCCUCGGAGCAGCUCCAGACAGAGCAGCUCGCUCUCUUCAUCCCCCAUGAGUUCCCGCAUGCAGUCCCUCCAGGUGGACUCGGUGCAGCGCUGGAUGGAGGAUCUCCGCCACAUGACGGAGGUGGAGUGCAUGUGUGUCCUGCAGGCCAAGCCCAUCGGGGUGGAGGAGGACGCCCAGCAGGGGGAGCUGAUCGUGGCAACAGGGGUCGGAGGAGGGGAUCACGUGGCGAGGAACAACCUGCAGACGCUGCUCCGCCGGGCGCUGGUGGUCAGCACGGAGCUGGGCAAGAUGUUCCAGCGACUGGAGAAAGGACGCUGGCAGAGGGUCCACAGCACCGCCGUCAGGGCGAACUGCCACGUGCGGUCGCUGGUGCACGAGUACAGCGCCGCCCGGACCACACCGCCAGAGAUGCAGAAGUAUGAGAAAUCUCUGCUGGAGAAGUGUAUGGAGCUGACCACUAUCACAGAGAGGUGUCUGCACACCGAUGAUGAGUUCUUCCUGAAGUCGAUGAGGGAGGCCAUCCACGAGAUCCUCACAGACGUCAGCGACUCCUUCAGCAACAUGAUCGACAUGGCUUUAGCCAAUGAGAUCCGGCUCCUGAUCAAACAGAUUGACUGCUCGGACAGCGUGCACACCAUCGGCAGCGCCAUCAGUAACCUGCUGUCGCUCACACAGGACGGCCCUCAGCUCUGCAGCAUCAUCGCCAAGGAAGGAGCAGUGGUCUCCCUGUUCAAGAUCUGCCGGCAGGACCGCUUCAGAGACCUGUACGCUCACGCUCUGAGGACGGUGGCCUCCAUCUGCUGCGUGGAGGAGGGCAUCAACCAACUGGACAAGGUCGAUGGGAUCCUGUGUCUGGCAGACAUCCUCACAGAUGAGAGCAGCGUGGAGGCAGCGAGGGCCGAGGCGGCGGCGGUUGUGGCUCAGAUCACCUCGCCUCACCACACCUCCACCCAACACCUCGCCAGCUUCCUGGAGAGCAUGCACGACAUUGUCACCGCACUCAUCAAGUUGUGCGACAGCGCCUCCUGUGGCGAGGUGUUCCUCCUGGCCUCUGCAGCUUUGGCUAACAUCACGUUCUUCGACAGCAUGGCCUGUGAGAUCCUCCUGCAGCUCAACGCCAUCCACAUCCUGCUGCAGGCCUGCAGAGACCGCCAGAGGGUCGACACGCCCUACUCCAAAGACCAGGUGGUGACCAUCUUGGCGAACCUGUCAGUCCUGGAGCAGUGUGCUUCUGAAGUCCUGCAAGACCAAGGAAUCGAGCGUCUGCUGCUGCUGCUGGGAGAGAAGCCGUCCUCCCUCAGUCCAUCGGAGGGCGCCGCCUGCGAGCGAGUUCAGCAGAAAGCCGCUGUGACUCUGGCCCGUCUGAGCAGAGACCCUGAAGUCUCCCAAACAGCAAUCCAGCUCAAAGCUGUUCCUCGUCUCAUUGAGCUGUGUCGCUCCCCUACUGAGCGAAAUAACAGCGACUCAGUGCUGGUCGCUUGCCUGGCUGCCUUGAGGAGGCUUGCAGCGGGGUGUCCAGACAGCAUCGAGGCAGCGGACCACCAGCAGCUGAUCAAACCGCGGCUCGUCGACUCCUUCCUGCUGUGCUCCAACAUGGAGGAGAGCUUCGUAUGACGCGCUGCACAGCAAACACUCAGAGAGGAGAGAGCUGCAAAAAGAUGCUGCACAUUUACCAUUUCAUGAGGACUGAUGAGCAGCGUCACUCAUGAACAUUGCAUCCAUUAUCCCAAAAUGGAGCUCUGGUUUUUUUGUCUGAAUAUCAAACUAAAAUGUUGGGAAACUUGUCAGCUUGCAUGAAUCCAGAAGUAUUUGUACAUAAAUGCAAUGCCUAGUGCACCCAAGUGACCUUAUAACAUGCUAUGAAUGUGUACCGUUAUUUUAUUCCACUGGGAAAUGUAUAUCAGUAAGCAUUUUGUACAGAAAAAUGAAAGGAUAGCCUCCCGCUGGAUUGAAACGCUUUAUACUCUGCCACUGAGCAAUUUAGUUGUGCAAUGUUUCAAUAUAUAUAUUGUCUUCAAAAAGCAUGUGUGCUAUCUGAGAAACAGGGAACAGGAUUCUUCAAGUGGAUCGCACGGUGAAAUGCCUCCGAUACAAAUGAUCAUCGGAAACAUCUGGAGUACCGAGAUGUCUGUCUGGAGAAUUUAUUUUUGUUGUUGGUCUGUUUUGUGCUUUAAAUCAGAACCCACUUGACCUUUUCAAACUAAAUUAUUGCAGUUGGAAUAACUAUUUCUUCUUUUCAGUUUGAUGUUUGAAGUCCUUUCAUCGCAGGGCACCAUUAUCAUUAUUAUUUAAAACGUCUGUUUCAGAUGUGGCAACAGGAUUUUUUCUCCUGGAGAACAAUGGACUGUUUGUAUUGAACCUUUCUGCCAUUGAGUCAAAUAUUUUAUCCGCCACUGGAGAAUGAAUCUAUACAAGUGCUCAUGGAUUUGACUAAAGAAAUACCAUUGUUGUAUGCCAUGCAUGGAAUAAAGGCAAUAGUCUGGUGAA